AUGUCCAACCCCCUCAUCCCCAAAUCCCGUCGCAUCCGCUUCCACCUCACCCUCACCAUCCACGACCUCAACAACGUGCCCCUCGUCAGCGGCACCUCCUUCAUCAAAUGGCACCUUCCCUCUUCCACCGCCGCCGAUCACCGCGGUCGCACCCCCAAGGCAGCCAUCAAAGACCAUCGCGUGUUGUACGACUACACCAAGACGACACCCGUGCGCAUGACGGUGAGUAAAGAUGGCGUCUUGCAAGGCACGGAAGUGGAGUUGGAGGUGGUGCAGGAGUACAGUUCGGGUGGACGGGCGGAGAGGAUUCGGUUGGGGCAGUUGAGGUUGAAUUUGGCCGAGUAUUGUUCGGAGGGGGAUGAGGCAUCACCUUCUAGUCCUAAAGCUGGUGGUGCGAAUGGUGUAGAGGAUGCAGAACACGGGGUCACGAGACGCUACCUCAUGCAAGAGAGCAAGAUCAAUUCCACCCUCAAGGUCGGGGUCGCGAUGAAGUAUAUCGACGGUACACGUGACUUCAUCGCGCCUGCCCUCCGGAUCGCACCUGUCUUUGGCGGGAUCGCGGGGAUCAUCUCUUCGGCAGAAUCGGCUUCGACUACGCAUGGUGUGGCUUCGCAUGCAAAUGGGAAUGCGGCGGGCAGUACGGAGAGUAUCCCCGCGGCGUUGCCGAACUUCAGCUCGUCGAAUAAGGAGCUGGGGGAGAUGCAGGAUAUGUAUCGGCGGACGCUUGCGGCUUUCUGGGCGUCAUAUCCGGGGGAGUUGAGGGCGGACGAGUGUAUUGAGGAUAUUUUCUCGGGGGGUGAUGGGUGGGGGAAGCAUGGACAGCCGGUCAGUCAUAGGCAUGGUGAGCAGAAGAAUGGGGAUGGGAGGCAGGAAGAUGGUUCUGGUCGUGGUACACCGGAUAUGGCUCGUGAUGGGGAGGAUGCCAGACCGGGGAGUCGUGGGAGUGCACGUUUUGCUGGGGGGAGGUUCGCUGGGUAUGUGAAGAGUGGGGGCGGGCAUCAUCGUCACGCGAAGGCCAAGAAGGUGAGGAAGGGGCCGGGUGAGGUGGAUGAAUUUGAUUUGAGGGAGGAUCUGAGGAGUUGGACGGUGGGAGAGAAAGCUUAUGGGUGA